UGUUUGUUUUCAGGCGGUUCCGUGAGUGGCCUACGAAAUUUUCGCACAGACUUUUUGGAAGAAUGGCCUACGCCUGGUACCGGCCCCCACUUCGACUUGUCGAUGAGCUCGAACUUCACGGGGCUCAAGGGCAAGACUGUGCAUCUGGUAUGCAAAGUAAAAAACUUGGGCAAUCGAACGGUGUCCUGGGUGAGGCAUCGGGACAUCCACCUACUCACAGUCGGCCGGUACACUUACACGAGCGACCAGCGCUUCGAAGCCAUCCACCUGCCCCACAGCGAGGAAUGGACUCUCAAGAUACGCUACGCCGAUUGCAGGGACGCGGGCAUCUACGAGUGCCAGAUCUCGACGACCCCACCCAUGGGCCAUCCCAUCUAUCUGACCAUAGUUGAGCCGGAGACGAUGAUAACGGGAGAAGACGACUACUACGUCAAUAAGGGCAGUACCAUAAAUCUUACCUGCAUCGUCAGGUACGCACCAGAGCCACCACCUAAGAUGACCUGGACGCACAAUGACGAGGAAAUCAAUUUCGACUCGCCGCGGGGAGGCAUCAGUUUGGUGACGGAAAAGGGCCCCGAGACAACGAGCCGAUUGAUGAUACAGCGUGCGAGCAAACGCGACUCUGGCACCUACACCUGCAAGCCCAGCAACGCAGACGCCAGGAGUAUCAAAGUUCACGUCGUCAACGAUGAGCAUCCGGCGGCAAUGCAUCACGGCGACGGCAGCACAUCUUACGCGAGAACACUGUCGUUACCGCUGUUAAUUCUAGUGAGCGCAAACUUGAUGUUUGUAUGA